AUGGCGGCUCUUCCUAAGGAAAUCAACACUCACCAAACCUCGAGCCUGUCUCCAAACGCAUCCUUCCAGUCCGCCCCAUCAAGUCAUGGAAAUUCGGUUUUUGCAAGCCGCACAAUCCCUCUGCCCAAUGCCAAACAUCUGAAACCAUUCGCCACCGAAGAUAUCAAGGUCCUACUUUUGGAGAAUGUUAAUCAAACGGGACGAGACAUCCUUACAAAGCAAGGCUAUCAAGUGGAAUUUUUAAAAUCAUCGCUCCCCGAGGAUCAGCUCAUAGAAAAGAUUAGAGAUGUACAUGUCAUUGGUAUCCGUUCGAAGACGAAGCUCACAGCUCGCAUACUGAAAGAAGCCCGGAAUCUCAUAGUCGUCGGUUGUUUCUGUAUCGGAACAAACCAAGUUGACCUUCAAUAUGCGGCAGAACACGGAAUUGCUGUCUUCAACUCCCCCUUCAGUAAUUCUCGAAGUGUUGCCGAAUUGGUUAUAGCUGAAAUUAUUGCUCUAGCUCGUCAACUAGGUGACCGCUCCAACGAAAUGCACAAUGGUACGUGGAAUAAAGUAAGCAAUAAAUGCUGGGAGAUACGUGGGAAGACAUUGGGAAUCAUCGGCUACGGCCAUAUUGGUUCUCAACUAUCGGUUCUAGCAGAAGCCAUGGGCCUGUCAGUUCUCUACUACGAUGUGGUGAAUCUGAUGGCAUUGGGCACUGCCCGCCAAGUUCCAACUCUAGAAAGCCUUCUUUCCCAGUCUGAUUUCGUCACAUGUCAUGUGCCGGAACUUCCGGAAACAAAAAAUAUGAUAGGACAACUUCAGUUCGAACAAAUGCGGGAUGGCAGCUAUCUAAUUAAUGCUAGCCGAGGAAGUGUCGUUGAUAUCCCGGCAUUGAUCCACGCAAUGCGCUCUGGCAAAGUGGCCGGUGCUGCGCUUGACGUCUACCCGAAUGAGCCUGCUGGCAAUGGCGAUUAUUUCAGUAAUGACCUUAACAGCUGGGCAGCGGAUCUUCGCAGUCUCAAAAACGUGAUCCUUACACCUCACAUUGGAGGUAGCACUGAAGAAGCACAGCGAGCGAUUGGUGUUGAGGUAGCAGAGGCUCUAGUGAGAUAUGUCAAUGAAGGCACAACUUUGGGUGCCGUGAAUCUUCCUGAAGUCACCCUUCGUUCCUUGACCAUGGAUGAACCGGACCAUGCCCGAGUGAUCUAUAUUCAUCAAAACAUUCCUGGUGUCUUGCGGAAAGUGAACGAAAUUCUCGGAGACCAUAACGUUGACAAGCAAAUGACUGAUAGCAGAGGUGACGUUGCCUACCUAAUGGCUGAUAUAAGCAACGUCGAUAACACUACCAUCAAAGAUCUAUACGAGAGGCUUGAAAGCCUUUCAUCCCGAAUUAUGACACGGAUACUGUACUGAAGGCGUGUCUAAGUUUAUGAACGCCUUUGGCUUUAUGCGCUAAGGUUUCAAAUUGGUGGGUACGAUUUUGGUAGAACUUACCCUCAACGGCUUUAGUCUACCAUUUGUUGGAUAGGAAGAGUACCGGCUCUUAUGAUACUACUGCGCUGGUUUGUGGUUUGCGUUAUUAAGAAUUUCCGUAUACCUCAUUUGCUACGCACUGUCUGGAUAAGGGAAGGCUCUUUCUGCUACCCACAUUCUCAACGCCCGAUACUGAUGCUUAAGGGAGACAUGUUCAACACUUCGGCUUUGUCACGCCUGCAAUUCUCUUAGUUCCAAUGAUUCCUGUACUGAAAUGAAGCAGGCAAACGCUCCAUUGAAUUCCCUGACCUUUAAGCAGUGCUUUUCACAAAGUAAAACUAAAGCCCAAAAGCUGCAAUAAUGACAUGAUCACAAACAGCAAACCUUUACGUAGUAUCGAUCGUGGGUAAGGUA